AUGGAUGCAGAGAACGAGUACGAAAUAAAGAGAGCUCGUGAUGCAAUUCAGAUGAUUGAGACCAUUCAGUCUAUGAUCGACGUUUCAGCAGAUAGACUUGAGGGUUUACGGACGCAAUGUUCGACAAGUGCCGAGCUAACCCAGCAAGAGAUCCGGACCCUGGAGGGCAAGUUGGUGAAGCAUUUCUCCCGGCAGCUGGUGUUCAAAGCGCAGUUUGGCGGGGAGUUGCAACGGGAACUGGGUGACGUGCCUUGCCUGGCGCAAUGGUUGCGAGUGGUCGGCCUCAGCCCCGAAGCUAUAGAGGCGAUAUGCUCUCGUGUGGCGUCCUUAGAGGCGCUUCGCGAGCGUUCAGACCACGAACUACGAGCGUUGCUGGUGGCGGCUCGCGACGAGGAGCUGCGCCGGCUCUGUCGAGCGAUGCAGCGGCUACGCACUUACACCGAGGCGCUUCGCGAGCGUUCAGACCACGAACUACGAGCGUUGCUGGUGGCGGCUGGCGACGAGGAGCUGCGCCGGCUCUGUCGAGCGAUGCAGCGGCUACGUACUUACACCGAAGCGCUGGCGCGAGGUGAGGGUGCGGCUGAGCUGCCUUUGUACUGGGACUCCUGGGAGCGACACGCUCGCUCCUCUCCGAGACCCAGGAAAGGCGGCAAGUCACCUACAACACCAGUAAGCAAACGGAAGCAAAACUCCCACCUGCCGGCACCCGCCGCCUUGACGAAGUCUCGCUCUCACGAAUCCCAGUUGUCUGUGAGGCCUGAUGCCUCCGAUCUUAGCGAUAACAGCCAGUCGUCAGCGCGUGACGGUACGGAGGGCGCGGAGGGCAGUCCGCCCGCGUCGCCGCGCGACCAGUCCGAGGGCACGCCGCAGCGCAGCGCGCACCCCCCGCCCCCACCGCCCGUACACUACAACAACGUAGGCGGGGGCGCCCCGCGGUCGCCGCGUACGCCGCGCACGCCGUUGGGGCGCUGCAUGGCGCACGACAUCGCGCACCGCUUCACCAAGUCCUUCAACAUGAUCGCCACCUGCGACUACUGCGACAAGCAGAUGCUCUUCGGCUCCGGCCUCAAGUGCAAGGAGUGCAAGUUCAAAUGUCACAGAGACUGCGAAAGUAAAGUUCCUCCGUCGUGCGGUUUACCGGCAGGAUUUGUUGUUGCCUUCAAAGAAAAAUUUCACAAAGAUGCGGCGGGCGGGUACUACCUGUGCGCAUCGCCUGGCGCGGGGGGUGCGGGGGGCGCAGUGAGCACAGGUGGCACGGUUGGCUCAGGCGGCGUGGGGGGUGCGGGAGGCGUGGGGGGUGCAGGGCGCAGCGCCGGCUUCUUGUCUUCGCUCACGGGCCGCCCGCGACGGCGUCGCCAGCCGCCGCAACCGCACCACUACUCCCAGGCCGGGCCGGAUUCGUCGUCGAACACGUCGUCGUGCAACAGCUCGACGCCAUCGUCCCCCGCACUGGCUGCGCCCGCGGCGCCCGCUGUGCCCGCCAGCCCGCUGCCGCACCACCACGCGCACCCCCCCGCACACCCGCCCCACCAGCCUCUACACAACAAGCAGCAGUUCCACUUCCCAGAAGUAAAGCCGCCAGUGUCAAGUCCGAACCACAACUCUGCCGUGCAAUCGCCGGCGAGACCUUCGCCUAAUCACAAAGAAGAUCUCACCUCUAGUAUUAAAAACGAGCGAUGCUGCCUGGUGUCGCUGAGCGGGUCGGGCUCCACCGACAGCGGCGGCGCGCGCGGCGACUCGCUCGACCUUGCCGCGCACGACGCGCCCGACGCGCGCUGGCCCCGCCAGAACUCCCUAUAG